UUUCAGACCGCGUACUUCAUGUUCCGGGAUUGGCCAGUUUUCCUCUCUGGUUUCCUUUUUGGGAUAAGAUUCAAGUCCACAUAAGAUUCGAGACCGGGUCUUCAGGGUCCGUAAUUGGCCUGGUUGUCUUCUCUGGUUUCUCUUUUAGAUAAGAUUCAAGACAUUGUACUUUAUUUGAUUACUUUCCCUAUUCGCUCUGUUUUUGUCAUUAUAGACGAGAAAAGCAACAUUGCUGACGAGGAAAACAAGCAGAGCCUAAAAUCGCACUCUAUCGUCUCAAAGACUCAUUCAUUCCUAACAUCGUUGUGUUCGCUACUUGAUUUUCUUCCAUUCUUCUUCCAUUCUUUUGGUACUGUGAAGGAGGAGUUUCUUCUUCCGCAUCUUGAUAUUUGUCUACCUCUUCAUCCAAUGGUUCAAUGUAAAACUGAAAAAUCUGCUCGUUUUUCUUCUCUUCACGCUUUAUGUCAUGCUUUUGCUGUUAGCUACAAGAUGAAUAUACAAAUUGGACUUGUUAUGGAGACAACUGAAUUGAUUAAUAAAUGCACACUAUUUUUGGAGUUUGAAGCUUUGGCAAGUCUUAAAAGUGAGGAAAAGUCGGAAAUAAAUUUUUUUGAAAUUGGAAGAAUUGGAGGGGAUGAACAGGUUUUUUUAUUUUUUUGGCCUACUUUACCCGGUUGGCGGUUCCAAACUCGCUUUAUAUUUCUUUCUUCUCAUCAAGCUGAGUUGCCUGGUACCUCUCUCUAAUAGC